AUGACGAAGGGUCGAUCAGCCAGCUCGGGAUCGUUCUUCUCCAGUCAGAAUAUCUGCGGGGGUUUGUGGGUUUGCGGUCUUGGACGCUUGUACAGACCGACAGAGCCUUGCCAUCUAAUAAGCGGUCUGCAAUGA